AUGGCCAAAAAUGAUGCGGUGAUACAAAGUCAAGUUGCCUCUCUUCGAAACUUAGAGUUGCAACUUGGACAUUUGGCCAAUGAAUUAAAAGCUAGGCCGCAAGGUUCUUUGCCUAGUGACACGGAGAAUCCAAGGAGGGAUGGGAAGGAGCAAUGCAACGCCAUUCAGCUAAGGAGUGGCAAGAAUCUGAAAAAUUCUGAGGAGGAAAUAAAGGGUAGUGGGGAGCCCACUUCAAUCCAAACUAACGAAAAAUUGAGUAACAAAACUGUCCAGGAAUUUGCUGAUACCAGACCAGUUGAUAUAGCAAAGGGUCAGCAACCUGACAGUCAGCUCCGCACCAAAGCGCUAGAGCAAAUGCCAAAUUAUGUCAAGUUCUUAAAAGAUAUUUUGACAAAGAAAAGGAGGCUUGGCGAGUUUGAAACGGUCGCUUUGACCGAGAGCUGUAGCGCCAUGUUGAAAAGUAAGAUUCUACCGAAGUUGAAGGAUCCGGGUAGUUUUACAAUUUCGAUUUCUAUUGGGGGACGGGAUGUUGGAAGAGCUCUUUGUGAUUUGGGAGCUAGUAUUAAUCUCAUGCCCAUGUCUAUUUUCAAGAAGUUGGAAAUUGGAGAAGCAAGGCCAACCACCAUCACUUUGCAAUUAGCGGAUCGUUCCAUGGCUCAUCCAGAUGGAAAAAUUGAAGAUGUUUUGGUACAAGUAGAUAAGUUCAUCUUUCCGGCGGACUUCAUUAUUCUUGACUAUGAGGAAGAUAGGGAAGUUCCAAUCAUUUUAGGGAGGCCAUUUCUUGCCACGGGAAGGACUUUGAUAGAUGUUGAAAAAGGAGAGCUCACCAUGAGAGCUCAAGAUGAGCAAGCCACAUUUAAAGUUUUCCAUCCCAUACGUGCUCCGGAUGCAAUAGGAGAAUGCUUAGCAAUUGGAGAUAUGGAUCCUAACAUGGUUGAGGAGUCCAAAUUUAAAGUUGGUAAGAAGGAGAGAAAGAAGAUUCUCCUUAAAGAAAUUGCUAAGGAUCACGAGGCACAAGAAAGCAAAAACAAAGCAUCAUUUGACUCUAAAAAACCACCCAAAAAGAAGAGAAAAAAAAAGAAGCUUAGUAAAAAAUUUCGGUCUCAAAUGUAUGAAGUUGGGCAAUAA